GGAUAAAAGCUGGGACUGAGGGGAGCUCUCCCAAGCACUGCUCUGGCCUCCUUCUCCUUGCGAACAGGAGCUCCAUCCCAUCACACCAAGAUGUCUUGCUACGACCUGUGCCCACCAAAAACCAGCGUCGCCGUGCCCCAGCCCAUCGCUGAGAGCUGCAACGAGCUGUGCGCGCGCCAGUGCCCCGACUCUACGGCCUUCAUCCAGCCACCGCCCGUCGUCGUCACCUUCCCCGGCCCCAUCCUCAGCUCCUUCCCCCAGCAAGCCGUGGUGGGCUCCUCCGGAGCACCCGCCUUUGGCGGCUCCCUGGGGCUGGGGGGCCUCUACGGCGCCGGGGCCACUCAGGGCUCGGGGGGCCUCUGCACCUUUGGCAGACCCUACGCUUCUCCUGCCUGCAGCCCCUGCGCCUUGCCCCGCUACAGCAGGAAGCUCUGGGACACCUGUGGGCCCUGCUAA